AUGGAUCGCCUCAUCCGCGCCUCGAGCUCUGCUGCUGCCACCACCACCUCCGCUAGCGGCGGAGGAGGCGGAUCGGGAUCGUCGGAGUUGCCGUGCGAACGAGUGAUGGACUCGAUCGCUCUGGAGCGAGAACGAGGAAUCACGAUCGCGAGCAAGUACACGUCAGUCACGUUCAGGGGCACCACUCUCAACCUCGUGGACACUCCUGGUCACGCGGAUUUCGGAGGGGAGGUGGAGCGGGUGAUGGGCAUGGUGGAUGGGGCGCUGCUAUUGGUAGAUGUGGCCGAGGGUCCCUUGGCUCAGACCAAGUUUGUGUUGGGGAAGGCGCUGCAGAGGGGCUUAAAGCCCAUCGUUGUGCUCAACAAGUGCGACCGGCCCUCAGUGACCACGCAGAUGGUGCAUCAAGUGGAAUCAGCCAUCUUCGACCUCUUCGCCUCCUUUGAUGCCACAGAGGAGCAGCUGGACUUCCCGGUGCUUUACGCCUCGGCCCGACACGGCUGGGCCAGCCCCUCCUGGCCCCCGCCCCAGCUCACAGCAACAGGAGCUGAAACAGCAGCACCAGCAGCAGCAGCAGCGGCAGCAGCAGCAGCAGCAGCAGCAGGGAAGGGGGAGAGCGGCGGCGUGGUGCCGAUUCUCGAUGCCAUUCUUGAUCGUGUCCCGCCUCCGGUGGUAGAUCAUACCGCACCCUUCCAAAUGCUGGUGUCACUCAUUGAUAGGGACCCGUUUCUCGGUCGCCUGCUGAUUGGCCGGAUAGCGUCGGGUUCAGUGCGCGUGGGCGACAGGGUGCGGGCGCUGAUGCGGGACAGUGAAGGGGAGGCGGUUGCAUUGGAAGAGAGCAAGGUGGUGAAGUUGGUGAAGCGGAUGGGAGUGAAGUCGGAGGAUAUGAGUGAGGCUGCAGCAGGAGACAUUGUGGCUGUGGCAGGGCUAACACACGCCCACGUCUCACACACGCUCGCUGAUCUCUCGGUUUUUAAACCCCUCCCAGUGGCAGCUAUCGACCCUCCCACCAUCGCCAUGACCUUCAGCGUCAAUGACUCUCCUCUAGCAGGGAGACACGGCACCCAGAUGACCGGCCCGAAGAUUGGUGCACGGCUCAAAGCAGAGGUGGCAACCAACGUGUCCCUGGGACUGGAGGCGGGUCCCUCUGCGGAUGCAUUCAAGGUGCUGGCGAGAGGCGAGAUGCAGCUGGGUGUGCUUAUAGAGAGUAUGCGGAGAGAGGGGUUUGAGCUCUCCAUAUCGCCACCAUCCGUGCUGUACCGGGAGGAGGGUGGGAAGAAGCUGGAGCCAAUUGAAGAGCUCAUGGUGGAGGUGGAUGAGGAGUACGCAGGAGCAGUCAUCGAUGCCAUCUCUCUCAGAAAAGGAGAGCUCCUGGACAUGAUCACAGAAUCGGCCUCUUCCUCCUCGUCCGAUUCCAGCUCAUCUGUUGCUGACUCAGCAACGACUGCCACGUCAUCACCCUCACCAUCCACGUCAUCACCCUCCUCUGCCAGCUCAGCAUCCUCGUCUCUCUCACGUACACGUCUUCUCUUCACCUGCCCUUCCAGAGGCCUGCUGGGAGUACGAGGAGUGCUCAACACGGCCACCAGAGGCACGGCCGUGCUGCAUCGGUCCUUCCUGCGAUAUGAGCCGUGGAGGGGUCAACUGGAGCGAGGGCGCAAGGGUGUGAUUGUAUCGAUGGCCACAGGCACCAUCACAGCCCAUGCUCUCUCUUCUCUUGAAGCUCGAGGCACACUCUUUGUCAGACCUGGAGACGAGACGUAUGACGGCCAUAUCAUUGGAGAAAACGCUAGGGAUGAUGAUAUGGAGGUGAACCCUGUACGCACUAAGGAGCUCACCAAUAUAAGAGCAGCGUCCAAGGAUGAGAACAUUCGACUCACGCCUCCAAGACAGAUGAGUCUGGAGGAGGCCAUGGGGUAUGUCCAAACGGGUGAGCUGGUGGAGGUGACACCUGCUGCCAUCCGCCUUCGGAAGAAAGAGCUCAGCUCGUCCAAACGCAAGACAUCUAGGCGCAACCAGAAGGAGUGA